AUGACGACGACGCGCGACGCGCGGGGCGCGCCGGGCGAGCGCCUGCCGCCGAUCCCCGGCUUGCGCGUCGAAUCGCCGGCGCCGCCCGCGCCGCCCGCGCCGCGCGCGCCCGCGCCGCCCGCGACCCCGCCCGGCGCGGCGCCCGCCGCCCCCGCGUCUUCGCGCCGCGGGCGUUUCGGAGCGGCGGACGAGCCCCGACGCGCGCGCGCGGACGCGGCGACGUCGCCGACGACGCCGACGUCGACGCGCAACCCGACGUAUCGUCGCCGCGCGGAAGACACCGCGUCCGCCGCGCGCCGAGGAGACGACGACGAGGAGGAGGGAGACGACGGCGACGAGGCGCGCGACCGCCGGCGCGACGCGCGCGUCGACGGCACAGCGGGAGACAAUGACGAGGCAGCGACGGCGUUUCUAUUUCUCCGCUCGCCGCCAGCCCCGAGUUUAUUUCGUCGUCGUCGCGCCGAAGCCGCCGCCGCGGACGACGAAGGCGGCACGCUCAUCGACGACGAGCUCCUGAGCGACGCGGAGGAGGUCCUCGCGGAGAUGCGCGACGACGACGGCGACGACGACGACGCGCGCCCGGAGCGCCGCGAAUCGUCGCGCUUCCUCCCGAGUGGAGGAGGAGCAUGUCCCGCGGCGACGGGAGAGAGCGCGAACGCGCGCCGCCGCCGCGUCCCGCCCGCGCGGUUCCGCCGCGCGUCCGACGUCCUCGCGGAGGAACUCGCCGCCGCCUCGAAUCGCGAUUACGAUUACGACGACGACGACGACGACGACGACUACUACGCCGCCGCGCGCGAGAUCGACGCCCCGCCGACGCCGCCGACGCCGACGCGGUACUUCACCUCCGAGACGCUCGCCGGUUUGCAGGUCCACGUCGAGGUCGCGAACAUGGAGAUCGACGACCGCGGCGGCGACCGCGGCAGGUUCGGCGGCGGAGACUCGGACGAGGACGCGGAGGCGAUCGUGGCCGCGGUGCGACGGUGGCAAGACCCGUGGAGGGCGCACAGAGAGGCGACGGCGCCGCGAGCGAGGACGUACAGCACGACGGAGCGUCACCCGUUGCAUCCGAUGCGCGGCGUGGAGUUUCCGGGAGACGGAGAGAACGAUUCGCCGCAGCUCUUGCCGUCGAUGUGGACGCUGGACGACGACGAAGAGCCCGAGGGCGACGACGAGGACGCGUUAUACGGUGACGAAGAUUUAACCGACGAUAUCGAGGCGUUAGUGCGGAACGCGGAGGAGGCGGCGGCGGCGAUGGAGGAGGCGGCGGACGCCGCGGAGGCGCUGUUUCGGCGCGGCGGCGACGCGCGCGCGAGCAACGACAGCGCGUUCGAGGGGGGCGACCGCGAUUUCCCCGAGUAUUCAGGCGGUUUGGGAAAGGACGGCGCAGAGGGCGACGACGACGACGACGACGACGACGACGACGCGGACGCGGCGGCGUCGCGGCGGUCGCGGCGUCGAAGGCCGCGGGACGUCGCCGAAGUCGACGCGGCGGCGGCGGCGGCGGCGAGAGAAGACGACCCGCCGCCUGACAAAGACGACGACGACGACGAGCUUUUCGACGACGACGACGACGACGACGGUCUCGCCGCGGUCGCCGCGGAGGCGUCGAGCGUCUCCGCCGGCGCCGUCUCCGCGCUCGCGCGUCGGUCCGCGAAGGCGACGACGCGGCGCGCGGCGGCGACGACGAGCUGUUCGACGACGACGACGAGCGCGAGCGCGUCCCCGACCGCGUCGUACGCCUCGCUGAGCCUCCUCGCGUCGUCGUCGCGGCCGUCGACGACGCGCGCCGCCGCGCGAUGCGGGCGCGCGACGACGACGGGAGCGGGCGGCGCGAGCUCGAGCGCGAGCGCGUCGCGCCUCUGGAACCGAGUCGGGACGACGAGAGGCGGCGGCGUCGAGGGCGAACACGAGUACGCGUACGACGCGUUCGGCGGAGGCAGCGAGAAGCUCGCGCGCGACCGCGACCGCGACCGCGAGCGACGCGCGCGCAUUGCGUACGAAGACGAGAUUCGCAACCUCCGCGAGGAGCGCGUCGAGCUCGAGUCGAAAGUCCAAGGGCUGCGGCUGCGAAGCGCCGUCGCGGAGUGGGAACGCGACCAGGCGAGGGAGCAGCUGGACGAGCUGGAACUCGCGUGGGACGCGCACCGAAAGGCGCUGCGACGCGAGGUCACGACGCGCGUGAAAGUCGGGCUGGAUUACGGCGGCGGCGCGGACGGCGCCAGCGGCGGCGCGGACGGCGACGGCGGCCGGCUCUUCCCGCAGGAGGUGCUGCAGGCUGUCGUGAGGGGCGCCGUGGACCAGUCCGUCGAGGCGGCGCUCGGGACGGAGACGACGCACGCGAGGGAGAGAGACGAGAGAGACGCCGACACCGAGAGGGAGAUUGGCGUAGAUUUGACGCGCGGCGGCGGCGUCGGCUCGGAGGACCCGGAAGUCGUGGGGCUGUACGACAUGGUCAGGGACGCGCUGGCGGAGGGGGAGGGGCGGGCGAGCGGAUGGACCGCCCGCGCGCUAGAGCAUUACGGCGAGUGAAAAUAAGGUUUAGUCGGGUCUACGUAAAUCAGUAUACGAAUCAU